AUGGCUGCCUCCUCACCAUCUUCUCUCUUUUCCGCCUCGUCCUCUUCCUCCACUUCGCUCUAUCCGUCCUCCUGCAGCUCAAUUGCCUCGCCGCCAUUGCUCUCAGUCUCCACCAAUUUCUCUUCCUCCUCCUGGUCGCCCUCGCAUCGGCCCUCCACUGCUUCUGCCCGAGAUCAACUUGAAAGUCUGAUCGCCAAGCACGGUCACCCCACUCGGCCCUCCCUGUCAUCCUUGCGAGAUUUAACAGCCACUUCGUCGACUUAUAAUCCACCAUCGCCCCUCUCUCCUGACUCUCCUCCCUCUCCAGAUUCCGAAUCUUGGGAUCUCUCCGAGACUGUCGUGCUCUCCCCGUCGACCUCUCGACCAAUUCCCAUCCCGAAGCCCUCGAGCAGUUCGUUUGACACGGACCUACCCGUCACGCCAUUGACCGGUCGAUUCGAACGAGACUACUUUCCGCAGUCCAAACACUCGGCGGGCGGUCGAAGAACCCGCGACCGCGUGGCCCAGCCGGACAGUGAUCGAUAUCGACGUCGAUCCUACCAGCAGCCGUCGUCCAGAAUGCGCUCGGACAGCUCCACUUUCUACUCCCCCGUCAUGUCUCCAAGCAUGUCGCCAUCCACCCGCUCCGCCUCCCCACAACCAUCUCGCUCCCGAGGCAACAACACUUCCAAGUCGGUGCCGGCGUUCCAUCUCGGUAGCCUGCCUCGCUUCCAUCCGGCCGUCUAUCAGCCGUCGAACAGCUCCCAGAGUCUCGCCGCACAGCCCGCAUCGCCUCGUCCAUCUCGUCAGCAACCCCACCGGACAUCCUCGACCUCCCGGGACACGAUGAGACAGUAUCGAGAACUGGUCGAGAGUGUGGCUCUCGCCAAGGGGCCCUCUCGGCCGCUCUCGCCGAGCCCAUCGGCGCCCAGACUAGAUCCGUUGCGCAGUCCGGGGCCGGUGACUCCCUUGGCGUUGGAGGAAACCGGUGGCUACUUGACCAUUGGUGCCACCAGCUCCGACUUUUCGUCCGCUGACUCCCAAUCCUCCAGCCCGGCGCCGGAUCUGGUGGAGAAGCUCAUCUCCCGCGAAGCCGACCGCGCUCGUCAAAAGUCCCGGAAGACCAGCAAGGGGUGGUGA